AUGCCUCCAAGCAUAUCAUUGAUUGUUCUGAAUUUGGAAAUAAAUCCUGUCCUGAAAAUCCAUGGCCUGCAGGUAUGCGAGGAGCUAUAUAUAUGUCUAAGUGGAUGUAUCAUCAUCACCGUCUUCGGAAAUAUGACUAUCAUCAUCUCAAUCGCCUAUUUCAGACAGCUGCAUUCCCCAACUAACUUCCUCAUCCUUUCCAUGGCCAUCACCGAUUUCCUCCUUGGCUCCUUCAUUAUGCCCUACAGCAUGGUUAGAUCAGUGGAAAAUUGUUGGUAUUUUGGAAUGACUUUCUGCAAGAUCCACUACAGUUUUGACUUGAUGCUCUGCUUGGUGUCUAUUUUUCACCUUUGCUUAAUUGCAGUAGAUCGAUUCUACGCCAUCUGCUAUCCCCUUCAUUAUUCACAAAAAAUUACAGUCCCUAGAAUCAGGCAAUUAAUUAUCGUUUGCUGGUCAGUGCCAUGUUCUUUUGCUUUUGGGUUGGGUUUGUCUGAAGCGUAUGCUUCUGACAUCGAUUUUUAUGAAGUUUUGGUUGCAUGUUCUAGUUCUUGUCCAAUAAUAUUUAAUAAACUUUGGGGAACUGUUCUGUUUUCAUUUGGUUUCUUCAUUCCUGCCUCUGUGAUAACUGGAAUUUAUGUAAAAAUCUUCCAGGUGUCUAAAAAACAUCUGAGGGUCAUGAAAAUCGGCAAUAAAAAUUCUAACCAGCUUUCUAAAAGCACAGACAGAAAAGCUGCUAAGACCUUAAGUGUUGUGAUAGGGGUUUUCCUCUUCUGUUGGUUUCCAUGUUUUCUCACAAUUUUAAUUGACCCUUUUUUAGGUUUUUCAACUGCUGUUCUGUUUGAUGGCCUCAAUUGGCUUGGUUACUUCAACUCCAGCUGUAACCCAUUAAUAUAUGGCUUUUUUUACCCAUGGUUUCAAAAAGCUUGAUACAUCCUCUCAGGAAAGAUAUUCCAACAACAUUUCUCUACUGCUAAUCUCUUUCCUGAACAUAAAUAA